AGUUGGCCCUGGGCAAUUGACCAAUUCGCGAUUGCCAAAACACGAGCUCUGGCAACCUGGGGACUCUGAGGAUCAUACUCCAUAAAAUUACAAUGCAAGCGACCAGUGCAUGCAUUGCAUGUGUUGCGGAGUGAGCGACGACGUCACAGUAAUUUGAAUCAUGACAAGUUCGACGAGUAGCGUUAGUAAUACCAGUACUACAAGGCCCACGAUUAAGGCCAAAGAUUCCGCGACCGCGGCCACGAUAGGUGACGCGCCGUUUAGUUCUCUGCGGCUGGCAUCUUUCCGCGCGCUGGAAAAUCUCCGCGGAAGGAGCCGAUGUACGGAAUGCAAUCGGUCGAGGAAAUAUUUCUGUUAUACCUGCUACGUUCCGGUGCAAGAACUAGUGGGAAAGCUUCCUAAAGUCAAGCUUCCCGUUAAGAUCGACAUCAUCAAGCAUCCGCGGGAGCUCGACGCGAAGAGCACGUCCUCGCACGCCGCCAUCUUGGCUCCGGACGACGUCACAGUCCACACUUACCCGAGGAUUCCCGAGUUCACCGAUAAAAGCAAGGUGAUUUUGGUUUAUCCUGGAUCCAAGUCAGUCACAGUUGAAGAAUUGGCAGCCAGGGUAUUGGGUCCAUACCACAAGACAAGCCGGGCAGCGAAGGCUGAAGCGCACACGUCUCUGAUCGGCUCCACAAAUCCUGGCAGUAGUUCGUCUGCCGAUAAUGCAGCCGCACGCGACGAAGCAGGGACAGUCCCAGCAUCUGACGCGCACACUGAAUGUCGGGCGGUAGAGUCUUCUCCCGCGGAAAAACGCAUGAAGCCUUGUUCCUCGACGGAGUCGGAGCAUAAAGAAGAAAUUUUCGGAGCUUCGAAACGUAACGACGAGGAGGCGGAACCGGCGAGCAAGAAACAAAAGGCUCACGCGUGUCCGUUCGAACGCGUGAUAUUCAUUGACAGCACGUGGAACCAGGCGCGAGAAAUAUACACAGACGACCGACUGCAAGGCCUCACACAGGUGGAGCUGCGAUCGCAUCGGACGUUCUUCUGGCGCGUGCAGCUGCUGUCCGACGCGUACCUCGCGACGAUCGAGGCCAUCUACUACUUUCUGCGCGAGUACCACGACGAGUUCGUCGCCACGGCGACGGGGCCAGGGGAGGCGGCGCCACCGUACGCGGGCGAGUACGACAAUCUCCUCUACUUCUUCGUAUUCAUGUACGACCUCAUCGCGAAGGAGUUCGGGGCGCAGUCGCGCGACGCGGCGCCGCCGCCAGAUGGCGUGCCACCACCAGAGGGCGUGCCACCACUAGAGGGCGUGCCGCCGACAGAGGGCGUGCCACCGCCAGAGGGUGUGCCACCUCCGCCAGAUCAGCCGCACUGAUGCGCAGACGCCCCGGUUCGUUUUACGGAUGCUGCGGUGAAGAGCAAGCACCACGGUGAAGAGAUGACGCACCAGUACACUCUGCAGAUGCCACGGUGACUAGGAGACUUCUCGAUACACUAGGCAGACGUACCGGUACACUGUAAAUGUCGCCUCACUGUGUAGAUACUAUGGUACACUCUGCAUGUGCCACGCUGACUAGCAAACGCACCGGUACACUUUGAAAAUGCCGUAGUUUAGUGUAGAUACUACGCUACACUCUGCAGACGCUACGCUACACUCCGUAGAUGCCACAGUGAUAAGCAGAUGCACAGUGUACACUCAUAAUCAGAUGCCGUGUUACACCCCAGAGACGCCACGCUACACUCUGCAGACGCCACACUACAUUCUGCAGAUGCCACGCUACACUGCAGACGCCACGCUACACUGCAGACGCCACGCUACACUCUGCAGACGCCACGCUACACUGCAGACGCCACGCCACGCUACACUCUGCAGACGCCACGCUACACUCUGCAGACGCUACGCUACACUCUGCAGACGCCACGCUACAUUCUGCAGACGCCACGCUACACUCCAGACACCACGCUACACUCUGCAGACGCCACGCUACACUCCGUAGACGCCACAGUGAUGAACAGACGUACUGGGCACACUCCUCGGAUGCUGCGGUAAACACUGCAGAUCCCACGGUGACGAGCAGUUGCUAGGGUAACCAUCGCAGGCGAACUGCUGUUCUAGCGGAUGCUACAGUAGACACCGCUGAUGAACUGCUGUUGAAGCGGAUGCUCCAUUGUUACAUUGCUCAUGAUUGUAAAUUAUUUGGUAUGACCAGAGUGGUGAGCUGUGAUCGUGUGUAAACUUUAUACGAAGAAAACGUAAAAAUAAAUGUGGUAGUCGUCGUCCCUACAAAA